CACGAGACAGCGGAGUGACAGGACGACACUCACAGUUUACAUUAAAUAUAUGACCAGCUCAGAUAUGAAGGAGGGUUUGACUCUGGUUCAGAGACUGAGCGCACACCCGGAUUCUCGGUGCUGGUUCGUGAGCUGGAGCCCGACCGGGACCCUGCUGGCCUCAUGCGGAGGCGACAAGGCCAUCCGGAUAUGGGGACGAGAGGGUGACUCCUGGGAGUGUAAGAGUGUGCUUCAGGACGGACACCAGCGGACUGUGAGGAAAGUGGCGUGGUCCCCUUGUGGGAAUUAUCUGGCCUCUGCCAGCUUUGAUGCAACAACAUCCAUCUGGAAGAAAAAGGACGAUGAUUUUGAGAGUUUGACUGUGUUGGAGGGACACGAGAACGAGGUUAAAUGUGUGGCGUGGGCACCGUCAGGGAAUCUGCUUGCGACAUGUAGCCGAGACAAAAGUGUCUGGGUCUGGGAAGUGGACGAAGAAGACGAGUACGAGUGUGUCACAGUCUUAAACUCUCACACACAAGAUGUCAAGCAUGUUGUUUGGCACCCCACCCAGGAGCUUCUAGCUUCAGCAAGCUACGACAACAACAUUUGUAUCUACAAGGAGGACGAUGAUGACUGGGUGUGCAGAGCCACCUUAAAAGGUCACACGUCCACAGUCUGGGGUUUGACUUUUGAUGCAGCUGGACAGAGGCUGGCCUCCAGCAGUGCCGACCGCACCGUGAAGAUUUGGAAGGAUUAUUCCAAUGAGAGUGGGCAGGGUGAUUUGUCGUGGAAGUGUAUUUGCACUCUGUCUGGGUACCAUGGGCGGACAGUGUAUGAUGUCGCCUGGUGUGGGCUGACUGGAGCCAUGGCUACAGCCUGCGGCGAUGAUUCUGUGCGAGUGUUUAAGGAGGACGAUGUGUCUGAUCCAGACCAGCCCAUUUUCUCUUUAUCAGCUCAGGUGUCUAAAGCUCACAGUCAGGACGUCAACUGUGUCGCCUGGAACCCAAAGGAGGUGGGACUAUUGGCCUCCUGCGGCGAUGAUGGAGAGAUCGCCAUCUGGAGAUUCCAAUCAGAAGACUGAUAAACAUAAACACCUCCUGUACAACAAAACAGUUACUGCAAAGUUACAGAGAACUACAUGGUCCUGAGGUCACCUCUCGUGUCUUCCUCAUUAAACUUUCACAGCUAAACUGAAAGCUCAGCAGUAUUCACCCUUUCCUUUUUGUAAACUCAUAAGUAUGCUUCAGCCCUAGCUAUGAUUUGUGAGUCAUAUUUCUAUAUUAAAGGUUCAAUUUAAGAAUUGUGUGAUUCAUUUUUGUAAAAUUAAGUAAAUGAAUAAAAACAGUAAAAAGCA